AUGCGGUAUGUUUUUCUUCCCUUGCACACGCUUCCCCUUCAAUAUGAUCAUCCAGACCUUACAGCGCAGACAGCAGAACGCGUGGGUAGAUGUGUACGUUCGCUUGAUGAGGAAAUGAGACGUGCUGGGGAGGUUGCUGGGCGGGUUGGACAAGUCAUGGAACUGAAAUCCUCUCUCGCUCGACUGCAGUCUUACAUUGAAAAUAAAGACUGGGAGUCGGCGGCCAGAUGUUGGGGCGCGCCAUGUCCUUGUCCUUUACAAUCAUUUCAGGGCCCUUGUUGCAGAGUCUUUAUUGUGAGUGACCAUUCGAAACAUUCCAGAUUCUUCUCAUCACUCUGA